UAGAGAGAGAAAAAAAAUAUGCCCGCCGGUCACCGCAGCGAUCGGAGUUUCCCCAACAGCGUUAUCCGCCCUUGCUUCUCAGCCUAAGAUUUCAAAGCCCUAGCACCACUUCGACGCCGUGCCGCAACAGGAUCCAUGCACCUCUCAUUUUACAAAGAAGUAAUCCGUGUGCAAUCUAUUUGAGGUGCAGGAGCAGAAGCUGUAGCAACAGCUAACUGCUGAAAAUAAAAACAUUCAUGUUCCCCUCUUUGUUCCGCCUGGCUUCCCCAUUCGAACCCAGGCUCCAAAAUCACAUCCGCCGCCUCGCAACCAAAGCCAACGCUGCAGUACUACCAAGAACCGUUGACGAACAAUUAUCCAUCAGCAAAAUGGCCCAGUCAGGCAAGAAAGCUUUCGGGACGAGCCCCAUCCCGCCCGCAAACAUGGCCUCCCUCAAGCUUCACAGCGCCGAGAUGGUCAACCACAACACGAAGCGCCUGCGCUUCGAGUUCCCUGACAGCGAGGCCACCAGCGGAUUGGCUCUCACCCAGGCAACACUGGCGCUUGCCUUUCCAAACGGCGGCUGGAUCCCUGCCCCGAGGCCGUAUACUCCUAUCAGCACUCCCUCUCAAAAGGGCUUCAUCGAAUACCUGGUCAAGCUCUACCCCAACGGCAAGGGCUCCGGGACCCUGCACUCCCUGCAGCCUGGUCAGUCGAUGCGGUUCAUGCCCAUCCCCGUGGGCAUGUACCGGCACAACGCCGAGAAGCACAACCAGGUGGCCAUGAUCGCCGGCGGCGCCGGCAUCACGCCCAUGUACACCUUUGCACGCUCCCUGCUCGCGGACCCGGCCGACCGCACCAAGAUCACGCUGGUCUGGGGCGUCAACGAGACCCGCGACCUCUUCCUCAAGGACGAGUUUCUGCAGAUGGAGAAGGACCACCCGGAUCGGUUCCGCAGCGUCUUUGCCAUCUCAAAGACGGACGCAGAGGUACCCGAGGGUUACAAGAAGGGAUACAUCACCCCCGAGAUGCUCAAGGAUGUUGGCGUGCAAAAGGUCGACGGGCUCAAGGUCCUGGUCUGCGGCCCCCCGCCGUUUGAGAAUGCUUUGCUCAAGGGCAAGGAGGGUGGUGUGUUGGGCUCUUUGGGGUUCAAGAAGGCGGAUAUUCACCAGUUCUAGACUCUUUUCAAACUGUCAACAUUGGCAAAACUUGUAACUUUAUACCCCCCACACACCCGACUAUUCUAAUAAAUUUCUUUGUCUGAAACGCCCUGGUUGAAUAUCGUGAUUUUGGGUGCUCAUGGACGAAACUUACUCGAA